CUAUAUGAAACAUUUGGUAUAAAACCGUUCGUAUUUUAGUCAAAUAAAAAAUAUUUUAUCCUUAUGAAUCCCUGGCUCAAUAUAUCCGUAAUUAACGUUAAAUCCACAAAUAAUAAAGAGCUAUUCAUGUUACUGCAAAAAGUAAACAAUGAUAGUGACACUCUAAUAGUUCCUAUUGCUUCUCUUGUAAUCGAGCACGACAGCAAAAGUGGGCUAUUUAUUGAAUCAUUAGAUACGACAGGCUUGUUCGAGCCAAGGCAUCUUCAGACAUUCUAUGUACAAGCAUUCAUAGUGUUCGUGGUCAGCCUUUCUAAUCCAGAGUAUCUGGAGACGUUCAGUCACCCGAAGUCCGAAUUGGUGUUCCUGAAAAGCAGCCCAACCAAAAAAAUAUUGACACCAAAGAAACUGCUGAAAUAUUGGCAAAACGUCUUUCACAUGAUAUAUCCAAACGUUAUGGUUCAUUCAAAUUAUUAUAAAACUCCUGUUUUAUUCAAUAGCAUCGAUCAAUUUCAUUUUUUUGAUGACGAUCCGAAAUCUAAAACAGAAAAGGUAAAUAUUGAUGAUUUUCUAUUAAUUUUAUUGCAACGAAGGGAUUUUGUAAAAGGCGGCAUUAUUAUUACAGUGAGAAAUGCCUGCUUAACAGCACAGAAUAUGGUAAAUUACUUUGUUCCCAACAGAAAGAGAAUUUUGGAGUUAUCAACAUACUUUGGAGCAUUUUACACGAUUGAAAAUGAAAUUUAUGACUUUCUCUCAAGGAUAAGAAAAGAAGAUUAUUCUACUCCUGUUACUGCGAGUGAAAGCAUCAAAAAAAAUGUGGACAUAGAACAUUUACUGUGCGCAGAAAUUCCCCUACUCAGAGAAGAAGAACUCGAAAGAAUUCGUGAUGACCCGGUCGUUACAUUGCAACCAAGGAAGAAAAAGUAAUGAAUGUUUAAAUAAUAGUGCUUUGGAUCGUUUUUCAAGGAUAUUAAAGCAAAAUGUGCAUUCUUUUGUUCAGCCAUGUUACGCUGUCUAGAUUUUAUUCCUAAGAUAUCACAUCUGUAUCAUCUAGUCAGGU